AUGCCCAGAGACUGCUAAUCCAGCAGAAGAAGCCAGGUCUCCUGAAGGUAAAGGACACCAGAGAUUCACAAAGAUGCAGGCUGUCUACGUAGGACUGCUCCUUCUCAGUGUGACCUGGGCAGCACCGACACUUCAACCACAGACUGUGAAGACUAGUCAAGGCUAUGUGGAAGAACAGAAGACAAUGGAUAAGAGCCAUCAUGAAAAACAUGGGCUUUAUAUUUUUAAGUGUGUGUACACGUCACCAGGGAAGAAAAAUCAAAGUGACAUAAAGCAGGAAGAAAAAAGCAAAGACAAUAUUGCACUUCAUCAUUUCGACAAGGGAAGAAAUCAAGAGCAAACACCGCAAGAAAAUAUUAUCCAGGAAAGGGAGGAUGAUUUGUUCCUUUUUGAAGUCAAUGACAAUAACCGAAGUAGUGAAUUCUCAAAUCUUUCUUCAACUAGACCGACACCAAAUGACGACUAUGGUAUCCGAUAUGAAGGGAAUGCCUACGAUGACCUAAUGAUGUCCAUGUACUCUCACUCCACUGGGAAGACAGGGACUGAGGAUGGAGAUGACACCGUGAGCAAGCUACGUGACCAAGAAGAAUAUGGUGCAGCUCUCAGAAGAAAUAACAGGCAGCAGGUGAUGAGGCCAGUGACUGUGGCUGAACUGUGGCGGGAAGAACACAAGAAGAAACCUAAGAAUGUUUUAGGCAAAAUGCCAGCAGGUGUCCACUAUGCUAAAACCCAUUCAAAAGAUAAAAAGAACGAUCAAGGAGCUCCCCCAGCCCAGAAUAGCCCAGUAAAAAGCAAGAGCACCCGUCACAUCAGACGCAAUGCUUACCACCUGAAACGUCUCCCCAAGAUCCAAAAAGUCCCCAGUGACUUUGAAGGCAGUGGUUACACAGAUCUUCAGGAGAGAGGUGACAAUGACAUUUCUCCUUUCAGUGGGGAUGGUCAACCUUUUAACGACAUUCAUGGCAAAGGAGGAGCUAUGGAUCCUGACCUAGAAAGUACAGAUAUUCAAACAGGACUUUCAGGCCCAGGUGAAGCUGAGACUAGGAACCCUGUCAUGGGAGGGCCAGGUUAUAACGAGAUCCCAGAGCGAGAAGGACAUGGUAGAAAUGCCAUCGGAGCCAAAGAGGCAGGUGUUGAUGUGAGCCUUGUAGACAGCAGUAAUGACAUCAUAGGCAGCACCAGUUUUAGGGAACUCCCUGGGAAAGAAGGAAAUAGAGUGGAUGCCAGCAGCCAGAAUGCUCACCAAGGGAAAGUAGAGCUUCAUUAUCUGAAUGUGCCUUCAAAAGAGAAAGUGACAGUAGGUGGCAGAGAUGCCAGUGAAAGUGCCAGUUACAAUGAAAUUCCUAAAAGUGGCAAAGCAAGUUCUAGAAAAAGUACAGAACAAUCUAAUAGGAACCAAGUAACCUUAAGUGAAAAACAAAGAUUUUCUAGUCAGGGUAAAAGUCAGGGCCUGCUGAUUCCUUCUCAUGGUCUUGAUAAUGAAAUGGGUUCCUACAAUGGCCCCAAUAAUGAGAGGAAUAUAAUAACACAUAGCAGAAAAAACCAUUAUGGACCCCAUGGACAAAAUAAUUCCACACGGAGUAAGGGAAUGUCACAAAGGAGAGGCUCCUGGGGUUACAGAAAAUCCCAUUCCAACAGAAGUUUUAACUCCUCUAAAAGGGACGACAGUAGUGAGUCUUCUGAGAGUGGCAGUUCAAGUGAGAGUGAUGGUGACUAGUCUCCUACGAAUCCCUCCCCACUGCCAAGGCCAUUUGAACACCGGUCUGAGCAUAGAUGAAAGCCCAAGUGGCAGGGCACAGGGAG